UCUUGGGGGAAGAACUAUAACUGCAAAAUAUGAUUUCCACAAUGGUGGAGGUGGUCAUCCGUCUGUUCCUGCAAGAGUAGCUCCAAUGGCAGCCUUACAUAUGUCUCCAGAAUAUGUUGAGGGUUACACAUACCCCCGACGUGCUGCACCAUAUGCUACACCUCCUUAUCCAUACCCCCAAACAGGUGCACCAUAUGCCACGUCUCCGUAUCCAUACUCCCAAACUGAUGCACCACCUUAUCCAUACCCCCAAACAGGUGCACCAUAUGCAGCAUGUCCUUAUCCAUACUCCCAAACUGAUGCCCCACCUUAUUCAUACCCCCGAAUUGCUGUGCCUCUUUAUCUAUACCCCCAAACAGGUGCACCAUAUGCCGCACCACCUUAUCCAUACCCCCAAGCAGGUGCACCAUAUGCCGCGUCUCCUAGUGCAUACCCCCAAACUGAUGCACCACAUGCUGCACCGCCUUAGCCAUACCCUCGAACUGCUGCACCAUAUGCUGCAUCUCCUUAUCGAACACUAUGAUAUUGCUACUUCUUUCUGUACUUUCAUGUUCAAUUCUUAUUAGCCCCUAAUUCCAGUCCAAUUUUCUCCGUGCUAUACCCUUGUGUAGAGUUCUGUACAUUCUUUUUCGAUGUAAUUCUAGGUCAGAAUCCCUUGUGUAGAAUUCUCAGUGCUAUCCCCUUGUGUAAAAUUCUGUACAUUCUUUUUAGAUGUAAUUCUUUCUGUACAAUCUUUUUAUACGGUAUUCUUUCGCCUAUUGCAUAUGAUACAGUUAGUGGCUAACAAAAUUAAGAACAAAAGGCAUUCCAUGCUGCUAGAAAACUUACAUCACUGUAUACAAUUUUUUGGUUAAAAAAAGGACUUGAGUUUUUCUCAUUACAAAAACAAAGGUGGGCAUGGGUAGGGUUACUCCAACGUUUAAGGCGAAAAUGGAAAUUUUAAGUAAGAUUUAACUUCGGCGCAGUGGUAAAUUUUUUGUUAGAAAUAUGGUCGAAUCAGGCCCAACUCAUGCCUGCUUGCAACAGCUGUGCGAUUUUUUUGACUUCUCAGUUGAGCAUGCUCCUAAAAUGCCUGCGCAUUUGGACAGCAAAAACAAAAGUGAAAAUCAUCUUUCAUCAGGAGGACAAGUCGCCAGACAGUUCACCCCUUGCUGCACUAAUUUCUCACCAGUCUACACACGAAAACUUUAAUCUUAUGAGGCGCUUUCCGCCACCACAGAUCAAUCCAGUUCCCUUGCACUCUCACUAAGCUGACUCUGAAGUCUGAUACCAUAUUACAUUCUUCUAGCCUCAUUGGCAUUUUAGCCUUUACCGACUUUUUUAUUUGUCAGAGCCAUAGUUUUAAUUCUCUAACCUAUGAACCAUAAUGUGAAUGUUGUGUGCAUAAAAAGUGGAACGCAAAUAAAUAGAGUUCAAAUGCAGAUUAUAUAAAACGGUUAUGGAUGGUAUAUGAGAUUAUUUUGUAUGAGUAGUUGAUUUUCUGUUACAAGUUAGUUGAUUUUCAGUUACAUUAUAAAGUGGAGAAGUUAAUAUAUGUGUCAGUGUUUCUGUUGAAGACCCUCAGACAUUUGCUAAUGACCCUCUGGCGUGGUCGAGGCCACUGGUUAGGUAUUACUCUGGUGAAUUCUCCAUGGCUGCCGUUCAGGCGAAUAGGGAUAUGGAAGAUAAGUGCCAAGUUGAAGUUGGCAUUGAUGCACUCUUUGUUGGACUCCUAUAGCGGCUGCAAUGACGGAUUUCAACAAUCAGAGUUUACAAAUUUCUAUAAUAAUGCUAAUGCGUGACACAUGUAUACCUAGGAAAUAAGAUGCAAUAGUUUUUUUCAUUUACUCAGUUCGGUUGUAAGUGUCACAAUGAUUACGCCUCUGCCUUAAUUUUCUAAAUAGAAGUUUGAAACAUUUCUGUUACACAGCAUACAUACAGUUUUAGUUGUUUAU